CCCAAGAAAGAAGGCGGAUUUUGCUUCUCGUUUGGCUUCUUUUUCUCGUUGUUGUCGUGAGGAGCUGGUGGGAGGGAGGGGAGAAGAGAGUCGGAAGCUUUGACCCUCUCUUCUCACGACAUUGGGCUCAUUCGACCCUCCUGCUCUUGAUUGGAAUUCGAAAUCUUUUGUUCCAAUCCGUUUGUUUUCUUCUCGCGCGGUCCCUUUGUUUGACUCCUUACCUCGUAAAAAUUCGUACUUUGCCCCUGUUGCCGUUCGAGUUGAGAGAAUCCGAGAGGGGAGGAGAUAGCAGAGGGGUGCGGAAGCUCGGAUUCUCGUUUUUGGAAGAAGAACGGAGGAAAGAAGCAGGCGAAUUGAGACAAGGAAAGAAAAACACAAGGGUUCCUGUUCUCGUUUCUAUUGUCUUCGUUCCUUUCAAUUCGAGGAGUUCCGUAUUCGUUUAGAUAUCCCAAACGGUCUCUAAUUUGGAGAGGCAUUUUGGUUCCCAUACGUUCUCUUGGAAUUUCAAGCUGUCGAGCUUGAUCGCUUAUUUUUGGUUGGUAAAAGACCAAUUUUUUUGUCAUCCCUAUCGGAUUUUUCUCCUUGGGAAAGAUUCAAUCUUGCCGCGGCUUGCGUUGGUUCUCAAGGACUCCUUUCGGUUAAUCCUUGGAGAAAACCGCGAAAGGUUGGAUCUUGGUCCGAAAAUCCACUAAAUCCAAUGGGGAAUUGCUGCGCCGUCCCCGUCGAUCCGGAGACGACGACGACGACGAAGAAUAAGAAGAAGGAGAAGAGGCCGAACCCUUUCUCUAUCAGUUACCUCCGCGGACCCGCACCCACCCUCGUCGUCCUCAAGGAACCCACCGGCCGGGACAUCGAGAGCCGGUACGAUCUCGGCCAGGAGCUCGGCCGCGGGGAGUUCGGCGUCACAUGCCUCUGCACCGACAAGGCCACGGGGGAGCACUUCGCCUGCAAGUCCAUCUCCAAGAAGAAGCUGCGCACGGCGGUGGACGUCGAGGAUGUGAGGAGGGAGGUAGAGAUCAUGCGGCAUUUGCCGAGCCACCCAAAUAUCGUGAGCCUCAAGGACACCUAUGAGGACGACACCGCGGUCCACCUCGUCAUGGAGCUUUGCGAAGGAGGGGAGCUGUUCGAUCGGAUUGUUGCGAGGGGGCAUUACACCGAACGGGCCGCUGCCAUGGUCAUGCGAACAAUUGUUGAAGUGGUACAGAAUUGUCACAAGCACGGGGUGAUGCACCGCGACCUCAAACCAGAGAACUUCUUGUUUGGAAGCAAAAAGGAAAAUGCCCCUCUGAAAGCCAUCGAUUUUGGGUUGUCUGUAUUUUUUAUGCCAGGUGAGCGCUUUACUGAGAUAGUUGGCAGUCCUUACUACAUGGCUCCAGAGGUUUUAAAGCGAGAUUAUGGCCCAGAAGUUGAUGUCUGGAGUGCAGGAGUUAUCCUAUACAUCCUGCUUUGUGGUGUGCCACCAUUUUGGGCAGAAUCAGAGCAAGGCAUCGCACGAGCAAUAAUCCGCUCGGUAAUCGAUUUCAAAAGAGACCCAUGGCCAAAGAUUUCUGAUACUGCCAAAGACCUUGUCAAGCGGAUGCUCGAUCCAGAUCCUAAGAGACGUUUGACAGCUCAGGAAGUUCUUGAUCACCCUUGGCUGCAAAAUGCCAACAAGGCUCCCAAUGUUAAUCUUGGUGAAACUGUUCGUUCAAGACUCCAGCAAUUUUCGGUGAUGAAUAAAUUAAAAAAGAAAGCUCUUAGGGUGGUGGCUGAACAUUUAUCUGUGGAGGAGGUUGCUGACAUAAAGAAUAUGUUUGAGAAGAUGGAUGUAAACAAGAAAGGGCAAAUAACACUAGAGGAGUUAAAAUAUGGUUUGCAUAAGCUGGGACACCAUAUUCCUGAUGCAGAUGUCAUAAUACUAAUGGAAGCCGCUGAUGCUGAUGGAAAUGGCUCCCUGGACUAUGGAGAAUUUGUUGCCGUCUCCAUCCACCUAAAAAAGAUUGGAAACGAUGAACACCUGCACAAGGCCUUUCAAUACUUCGAUCAAAAUAAGAGUGGAUAUAUAGAAAUCGAAGAGCUCAGGGACUGUUUGGCUGAUGACUUGGGUCCGAAUCAUGAAGAAGUGAUUAAUUCCAUCAUUCGUGACGUAGACACAGACAAGGACGGAAAAAUAAGUUACGAUGAGUUUGCAGCGAUGAUGAAGGCAGGUACGGAUUGGAGGAAGGCAUCAAGACAGUAUUCAAGGGAGCGGUUCAAUAGCCUAAGCUCGAAACUAAUGAAGGAUGGAUCUUUACAGCCGAAAAGUGAGGGUAGUUGAGAACUGGACAGACCUACAUAUGCAUAGUUUGAACUCGAUAUCUCUUUUAUUGGCUUUGCAUUACUCCUUCUUUCUUGAAUACCUUUCGGGCCAUCCAUCAGUUCCUUCACCUCGUUUCUUCAUUAAUUUGGUUUCUGUUAUAUGAAAUGGAGAUUGUUGACAUUUGGGAUUCAUAAAAUGUGUGAAUACACCGGAUGUCAUUUGGUUGUAUGGUAAUGUAGAUAUCUUUGUGUUUCUAUACUGUUAAAUCAGGGAUGUGGAUGCUGGCAUUUCCACAGGAUUGAAGGAACAGAAAUGCUUCCUUGUAACCUUACACCUUGAAAAUAUAUCUGAUUCAUAUAUGAUAUCUGAUCUUUGAGCUUCCUACUCUCUCUUAGUCUCUGUUGCAAGCUCAAAGUUAUACUGUUCCAGCUCAUAAUUGAGGCUAUCAGAGUUUGUUUUUAUCCUUCAAAGUAUCUUGUAACAAUUUCACUUAGUUGAAUCUGAUCAGUAACUCACAGUCCGAUCAGAUUAGUCUAUUCCAUAUAUCAUCGUUUCUGAUCAUUACAUGGAUAUAUAAAUAGGGUUCAAAAGGUUUCCAAUUCAUUUAUCCUUAAUGGAAAAAUAUUCUUUUCUGGACGAAAGAACAUUCGCCAUGAGGAGAACAAGCUUCAGCCAGUUGCAUGAGGCUGUUCCUGUUCGAUGCAAGAGUACAUCUUAUACUCCCAGUUAUUAACUGAAGAACACAUCCAUUACUGCAAUUGCUUGCCAGGCUGCAGCUUAGACGAAGCCACCCGCAGACCUAAAACUUUUUUUCCUCCCUAUACAAACUUCAUUGACCUCUCAGAUCAACACUUGGCAGUUUCUUUUCAUGGAUCAGCAACCAUUUAAGAAGGGAAAAGCAUCAGCCCCUUCAGCUCCUUGAUGCAUGCCAUCCUUGUCGUGGAGCCUUUCUUCAGAUAAUGCUCGAACUCCCAUUUGUAUCAAGUACUCCUCCAAGUCACUUUCCAGCACAACACAGAAGGAACACAAAGGCAUGGGGAGAGAUCUCCAAGCUUGACGUUGCAACAGGGACCACUGUUUUCUCAUAUGAUUGCUUUCCAAGGAGAAGAAAUGCAUUACAUCUUCCACUCGACUAAAAUACAGACGAUCAUUAUCAGAUCAUAGAUCGUAUUCCACCAAUCUAUCUAUCUUUCAGCUGCAGUUUCCUCUCAGGAACUUGGAAGAAGAACACAUUGACGAAAGGAAUCGAGCCACUGAUUCUUUUGGUCUCGAGAGACAAACUUUUCCUCGUGCUCAGUGCAUGUUGACAUCUCAUCGCCUUAGAAAAUGGUAUGGAAGAUAGAGAAAACGGGAGCAGGAAUUCUCAUGACUCACUGGAGAUGCACUGCUUAUAAUCUUGGAAGGAGAAGAAAUGGAGAGACAGAGAAUGGAGUUCUCAUGCCCUUGCGCGGGACCAUAUGCGGUGGAUGUGAA